AUGGAACCGUUGCGGGCCGACGAUAUCAUAGACCGGCAGCGGAUGCGCCGGAAACUCUCCUUCUGGCGCGCGAUCACCAUCAUCGUGAUCGUUGCCGGCCUGAUCGCGCUGACCGCUUCAUUCAGCGGCGACCGUUUCGGCCCGCAAACCCGGUCCCAUGUGGCACGGAUCGCCGUCGAAGGCACGAUCACGGGCGACGACCGCCUGCUGGCAUUGAUCGAGCGGGUGCGCAGGAGCGAACAGGCCAAGGCCGUGAUCAUCGCCAUCGAUUCGCCUGGCGGCACCACCGCUGGCAGCGAAGCGGUCCAUGAUGCGGUCCGCAAGCUGGCCGCCGAAAAGCCGGUGGUCGCCCAGAUCGACACGCUUGCCGCAUCCGGCGGCUAUAUGGUCGCGGUCGCUGCCGACCGCAUCGUCGCCCGCCAGUCGUCAAUCGUCGGGUCGAUCGGCGUGAUCGUGCAAUAUCCGAACUUCACCGGUCUUCUGGAGAACUGGGGCGUCGACGUAAGGGCGAUCAAAUCGACGCCGCUCAAGGCCGAACCGUCCUUUUUCGGCGAACCGCCCGAGGGCGCCGAGGAAAUGCUGCGCGCGCUCGUCAUGGACAGUUUCGACUGGUUCAAGGAACUGGUCGCCGAGCGGCGCGGCUUCGACCAGGCGACGAUCGACCGGCUCGCCGACGGGUCGGUCUAUUCGGGGCGGGUGAGCCUUGCCAACGGGCUGGUCGAUGAACUGGGCGGCGAGGACGCAGCCCGCGCCUGGCUGACCGCACAAGGCAUCGACGAGGACCUGAAGAUCGUUCGUUGGGAGCCACGCCGCGAGGAUUCGGGCCUAUUUGGCCUCGGCAUCGCGGCCGAAUUCGUCGCCGGCCGGAUCGGGCUUUCCAACCCGGCCUCAUCGGUCACAAAGGCCCUGAACCAAAGGCUUUUCCUUGACGGGCUGAUCUCGCUUUGGCACGCUGACGCCUUGCUGACCUCGCCGACGGCACGGGAUGUCGAGAACAUCGUCAAUGCGGUGCUCGACGAGAUCGGCGACACGCUGGCCGAAGGCAACCGGGUGGAACUGCGCGGCUUCGGCGCCUUUUCGGUCAAGAACCGCCCGGCCCGCGAGGGGCGCAAUCCGCGUACCGGCGAAAAGGUGAUGGUCGAGGAGAAGUGGGUGCCCUUCUUCAAGACGGGCAAGGAAUUGCGGAACCCCGCCUUCAUGCGCCGCAUCUUCAACGUCCUGAUCCUGAUCCCGCUCGCCAUCGUCCUGAUCGCGCUGAUGGUUGCCAACAGGACAUCGGUGCCGCUGUCGAUCGACGUGUUCAAUCCGGGCAAUCCCGCGCUGACCUAUCAGGCGCCGCUGUUCGUCUGGCUGUUCGUGGCGGCUGCGAUCGGCGUGGUUGCCGGCGGUUUCGGCGCCUGGCUGGCCCAGGGCAAACACCGCAAGCAGGAACGGACCUACAAGCGCGAGGCCCGGCAAUUGCGCCACGAGGUCGAAAAGACCAAGCGGACCAAUGGCGACAAAUCGGCGACCGGCACCUCGCUCAUCAUUUCGGCCGAUGACGUCGAUGCUGCGCUGGACUUUCCGGCGCUGACCGACACGCUUGCGGACGCGUUCAGGGGCGGCGUCCACGCUCCGCCCCGUCACCACCACACCAUCGCCAACGCGGACAGUGCCGACCAGACCCUGCUGCUGAUGCCGGCCUGGAACGACCGCCACAUGGCCGUCAAGCUGGUCGUGGUGACACCGGACAAUGGCGCGCGCGCCCUGCCCGCCGUGAUGGCCUCCGUCAUCCUGAUGGACAAAAAGACCGGUGCGCAGAUCGCGAUGAUCGAUGGCGCCCGGCUGACCUUGUGGCGAACGGCGGCGGCGUCGGCGCUUGCCGCGCGCCACCUCGCGCCGGCCGAACCCGACACGCUGCUGAUGGUCGGCGCCGGUGCGCUGGCGCCGUUUCUGGUCCGGGCGCAUCUGAGCGUCCGGCCCUACAGGCACGUUCUGGUCUGGAACCGGACUGUCGCCGGCGCCGAAAGGCUUGCGGAAAGCCUGCGUGCCGACGGUCAAGCGGCGGAGGCCGUCGCCGCCGAAAGCCUCGAUGCGGCGGUCGGCAAGGCCGAUGUCAUCAGUUGCGCGACGCUAUCGACCGAGCCGCUGAUCAAGGGCGCUCUCCUCUCGCCGGGCACGCAUGUCGAUCUUGUCGGCGCGUUCACGCCGGCCAUGCGCGAAAGCGACGAUGAGUGCGUGCAGCGGGCAAGUCUGUUCGUCGACACUUAUGCGGGGGCGCUGCACGAGGGCGGCGAUCUGGUGCAGCCGAUCAAUGCCGGGCUGAUCGAGCGCAGCCAUGUGCGCGCCGAACUCAUGGAACUGGUCAAUGGCGAUCAUAUGGGCCGCACCGCCGAUGACGAGAUCACGCUGUUCAAGUCGACCGGCGCAUCGCUCGAGGACCUGGCCGCCGCCUCCUUGAUCGCAGCGCGCUGCGGCCUUUGA